AGGGGUCGCCCCCGCGGCUCCCGCUCCUGCCGCGGCUCCCGCGGCUACCGUGGCUCCCGCUCCUCGAGUUGGGGGCCCUCUCGGGCGCUGCUACGGGGACGUCGCGGCGCCAGAGCGCGUGGCCGCGGCCUGCGGGGGACACGCUCAGCUGCGGCCAGAGGCAACAUGAGUGCGGCGGGGCUGUUGGCUCCGGCUCCGGCCCCGGCUGGGGCGCCGCCGGCCCCAGAGUAUUACCCCGAGGAGGACGAAGAGUUGGAGAGCGCCGAGGACGAUGAGCGCAGCUGUCGGGGGCGAGAGUCGGACGAAGAUACUGAGGAUGCUAGUGAAACCGACUUGGCAAAACAUGAUGAAGAAGACUAUGUAGAAAUGAAGGAACAGAUGUAUCAGGACAAACUGGCUUCUCUCAAGAGGCAGUUGCAACAACUACAGGAAGGUACGUUACAGGAAUAUCAGAAGAGAAUGAAAAAACUAGAUCAGCAGUACAAAGAGAGGAUACGAAAUGCAGAACUCUUCCUCCAGCUGGAAACGGAACAAGUGGAAAGAAAUUACAUCAAAGAAAAGAAAGCAGCAGUGAAAGAAUUUGAAGACAAGAAAGUUGAGCUGAAAGAGAACCUGAUUGCUGAGCUAGAAGAAAAGAAGAAAAUGAUUGAAAAUGAAAAACUAACGAUGGAACUGACUGGAGAUUCUAUGGAAGUGAAGCCUAUCAUGACCAGAAAGUUGCGGAGGCGGCCAAAUGAUCCUGUCCCCAUCCCAGACAAGAGGAGGAAACCUGCUCCUGCCCAGCUAAACUAUUUGUUAACAGAUGAACAGAUCAUGGAGGAUCUGAGAACAUUAAAUAAGCUUAAGUCACCCAAGAGACCAGCAUCCCCAUCCUCUCCUGAACACUUGCCUGCCGCGCCUGCAGAGUCUCCAGCCCAGAGGUUCGAAGCUCGGAUAGAAGAUGGCAAACUGUACUAUGAUAAAAGAUGGUACCACAAGAGCCAAGCCAUCUAUCUGGAGUCAAAGGACAACCAGAAACUGAGCUGUGUGAUUAGCUCUGUCGGAGCCAAUGAGAUCUGGGUGAGGAAGACAAGUGACAGCACCAAGAUGAGGAUCUACUUGGGCCAGCUUCAGCGUGGGCUCUUUGUGAUCCGCCGGCGGUCAGCAGCUUGACUUUCUACAGUGUUCUUCUCGUGACCCUUUUCCCGGAGUGGUUUUUAUUUUUUUGUUUUGUUUUGUUUUUUAAUAGAAAAUUUUUUUACUUACUGGGAAUGGCUACCUGGCUUUGGAAAUGGAGAACACUGUCAUGGAUUUCUCAAGGCAUUUUUGUGGCUGGCUCUUUGAUCUUUGUCAGUCUUUUCUGCCUCGACUUCUUCCAGACAUCAGUCACCAUGGGACUGUUUAACUUUCAGGAGUAUUGAGAGUUUGAUUUACUUUCGUUUUAUUUCUUUAUUUUUUGGUUAUACUGUGUCUUUUUGGGUUUUGUUUUUGUUUUUUUCUGCUUUGAGUUUGAAGGGAUAGUUCUUUCUAUUAAUUAUCUUUAGGUCUUUCUACCAUGGAGAAGAACAGGAAGGAAUACACUCUAGAGGGCAUUUUCAUGAUUUGAAUCUGAUUAGUGGAUCACAUAGCUACUUCCCUUGACGAGCCCAAUUCACUGUUUCCCCAGAAGCUUGGGGCAGAGGUCCUAGCAGAAGGAGAUUAAUUCUCCUGGCUCUCAGCCUUCUCCAAGGAGUAAAUGCCUAUGUAACAUCUGGCACAUGCCAUCCGUUCCACUGGCUGAAUGAUGGAAAAUUUGCCUGGGAGACUGUAUGCACUGAAGUAAUGGGUGGGGGAGACCUUUCAUGUUCAUAAUGUGUUAAAGUUAACAUAUUUUAAAUGUUAUUGAAUGCAAGUGAUUUAUUCAAACACUUUUGUCUUAGCUCAAGCUGGAACAAGAAGUGGUCAUUUCAGAAGUUUUCAUUUGUAAUUCUUUUCUUAAAGCCCCUGUUCCCAAGUAAAUAGAAGUGGUAUGUACCACAGGCUGAUGAUCUGGGUAAUCACUUGUUGGGAGGGAGGUGAGAUUGAUAGUGCAAUAAUCAGUGAUCUAUGGACUCUCAUGCAUAAUUCAGGUUUCACUCUCUGCUGAUGCCGUUGUCACACAUUGGCCCUUCCAAACCUGUGGAACCUCAUUGUCAGGCCACGGGCACCCACAGCCUCCUGGGAGAUCGGGCCCAGGUGGAAGAUAAGGAAAGCUCUGUUGUAGGUGCCGCUGAACCUGCACUCUCCCCAAUGGGUCCUGAUGAAAUAGCCUUCCCUACGUUCCCUGUUCCCUCCCCUCAUUCCCGUUUAUGGAGAAGGGAUUGAUUGGGUGAGAGGUGAUGGGGUUUUCUGUAUUCCAGUGGCCAUCUUGAGAUGUUGAAGAAAUUGCAGUUAGAGCAACUGUUGGUGUCUCUGUGGGCAACUAGUAGACCUUACACAUCCUAGGAAAUCUUUGUAAGUAAUUCCCUUGGUCUCAAGUGAUUCUCUUUCUGUUGUCUCUUGACGCACAUACCCCAAAGCAAGGUGGAUGCUGCAGUGACAAGUAAAGCACCUUCUCCUAAUUUCUGGCUUCCACAGAGACCAAACCUUACUGACUCAGAGUAAAGACUUGUACAGAUAGAUUUUUGUUUUAACUUAUAAUCCCUUUUUUCCUCUCUCUUUUUUUUUUUUUUCUUGGUGUUGGAGUCUUAUUUAGAAAACAGGAUAAAUGAUGCUGUUAUCAAAAGUU